UAUUAUUGUAACAGGGAGAGACCUGGACUGGCCGUCUGACGCAUGCGCGAUGCUGCAGGAAGGGGGCGGCAGUCCCGUUGGGUCUGCCUGCCAGUCAUGGCGGUGACACGGAGAGGUGGGGAAGAGGGUGUGUGUGCUUUUCCCCUCUCUGAGUGGCUGGGAGGCGGACUUUAAUGGGAUUGCUAACCUAUAAAGUAACACUCUGUUGUUUCCUCAGAUCUGCCCCUUUAAACUGGAACAGCGAGCAAGGCGGUCUCGCUUUGACUACCAACAGACGGGAGGCUAACAAACGCCCGGAAAGAAAAAUCAAAGAAAAUAAUUUUAAAGAAAGAAAGGGAAAAGUGGGGGAUCGUUGGGCAGCCCCAGUAUUGUUGUACAGUGAGACAGCAGAGUGUAGGACGGAGUCCCGGGUCGUACGGGUAGCGGCGACUGGGGAGAUUCCCGCUGCGAAGUGCAGCACAUUUAUUUUGUAGUUUUCCUUACUGUGUUUUAUUUUCCCUGUUUCUUUUUGCCUUUUUUGUUUUUAUAAUUUGUGAGCACCUGCGAGUGCCGGACUGUAGCUGAGUACCCUGCCGUGGUAUUCCCCGUUGGUUCUGGAUACCAUAGCUGGUAGCCAGACCACGGACCACAAGCGCCCUCUACGGGCUCAAAGAAAUCAGUACACCUCACCAGAGUACAAAAAGAAAAUAAUAAAACUGAGCACCUGUGUGGUGUUGUCAACUACCAUUUCUGUCUCCCGUGUCCGUGAAUACCCGCACCCUCCCACACGUGGUGUCAGAAGAGGGAUUACUGGCACUGCCCAAACAAAGCAGUGCACCCACCAACGGAGAAGAAAUGGAUGCCGUCCAAUUUGCGGCCAUGAUGGACCUCCUGCGCCAGACCCUAACUGCUGCGGUGCAGGGGGCUGCUCGACCGGCAGGUCCUGACCCCAGGUUACAGAGACCCACAAAGAUGACAGCCGAGGAUAAACCCGAAGCCUACCUGGAGGUGUUUGAGGCCAUGGCGACCUCGGCCGGGUGGGCUCAGGCACAAUGGGCCAGCUACCUCUUGCCCCAGCUGACGGGAGAGGCACAGGCAGCAGCGAGAACGCUAUCCCCUGAGAGGAUGAUGGACUACCCCGCGCCUAAAGCGGCCAUCCUUAACCGCGUGGGGGCUACCCCAGAGGGGUACCGGCGAAAGUUCCGGGAGGAACAGUUCUCAGCAGAGGAGCAUCCCAGAACGAUCACGCAUCGUUUGAAGGAUUACGCCAUGGGCUGGCUGAACCCCGACGCGAGCACCAAAGCCAGAUCUGCCCCUUUAAACUGGAACAGCGAGCAAGGCGGUCUCGCUUUGACUACCAACAGACGGGAGGCUAACAAACGCCCGGAAAGAAAAAUCAAAGAAAAUAAUUUUAAAGAAAGAAAGGGAAAAGUGGGGGAUCGUUGGGCAGCCCCAGUAUUGUUGUACAGUGAGACAGCAGAGUGUAGGACGGAGUCCCGGGUCGUACGGGUAGCGGCGACUGGGGAGAUUCCCGCUGCGAAGUGCAGCACAUUUAUUUUGUAGUUUUCCUUACUGUGUUUUAUUUUCCCUGUUUCUUUUUGCCUUUUUCGUUUUUAUAAUUUGUGAGCACCUGCGAGUGCCGGACUGUAGCUGAGUACCCUGCCGUGGUAUUCCCCGUUGGUUCUGGAUACCAUAGCUGGUAGCCAGACCACGGACCACAAGCGCCCUCUACGGGCUCAAAGAAAUCAGUACACCUCACCAGAGUACAAAAAGAAAAUAAUAAAACUGAGCACCUGUGUGGUGUUGUCAACUACCAUUUCUGUCUCCCGUGUCCGUGAAUACCCGCACCCUCCCACAAUUAUUUAUUUA